AGCAGAGCGGGAUCAAAAUAGGGCGAAAAAUCCAGAGAAAGCCAGACUGACUGACUGAGCUUCCUGGCUCACUCCAGCGCUUGUGUUGUGUUGCUGAAGUUGCGUCCGGGCACUCCGACGCUUUGCAGAAAGGAGGGUUUAAAAAAAACAAAAUCUAUCUUAUCUUUGCUGCAACUGCAGGAGAGGAGAGGACAAGAGAGGAGAGGAGAGGAGAGGAGAGAGGAGGAGAGAAGUUUCCGCUGGCUUGUUUUGUCACUGCGGGGCUGCUGGCUGGUGAAUCCGCAGGAAUGUCGCAAAAGGAGAGAGCCACUUUCUACCGACAGGAGCUGAACAAGACCGUGUGGGAGGUCCCGCAGCGGUACCAGAACCUGUCCCCGGUCGGCUCCGGCGCCUACGGCUCCGUGUGUUCAGCAUUUGAUGUGAAGAUGGGUCUGAAGGUCGCAGUGAAGAAGUUGUCCAGACCAUUCCAGUCCAUCAUCCAUGCAAAGAGAACUUACAGAGAACUGCGGCUGCUCAAACACAUGAAGCACGAGAACGUGAUCGGCCUCUUAGAUGUUUUCAGUCCAGCGACGUGCUUAGAGGACUUCAAUGAUGUAUAUUUGGUGACGCAUCUAAUGGGAGCAGACCUCAACAACAUAGUGAAGUGUCAGAAGCUGACUGACGACCACGUCCAGUUCCUGAUCUACCAGAUCCUCCGAGGUUUAAAGUACAUCCACUCCGCAGGCAUCAUCCACAGAGACUUGAAGCCCAGUAAUCUGGCUGUCAAUGAAGACUGUGAGCUGAAGAUCCUUGACUUUGGUCUGGCACGACACACAGAUGAUGAAAUGACGGGCUAUGUGGCCACCCGGUGGUACCGAGCCCCCGAGAUCAUGCUCAACUGGAUGCACUACAACAUGACGGUGGAUAUCUGGUCGGUGGGCUGCAUCAUGGCAGAACUACUUACAGGACGGACGCUCUUCCCUGGCACAGACCAUAUAAACCAGCUACAGCAGAUAAUGCGCCUGACGGGGACACCCCCAUCCUGCCUAAUAAGCAGGAUGCCCAGCCACGAGGCGAGGACCUACAUCAACUCACUUCCCCACAUACCUAAGAGGAACUUUGCUGAUGUCUUUAUUGGUGCAAAUCCUCUUGCUGUGGACUUGCUGGAGAAGAUGUUGGUCCUGGACACGGACAAGCGUAUCACAGCGUCAAAGGCUCUUACCCACCAUUACUUUGCUCAGUACCACGAUCCAGACGAUGAGCCUGAAGCAGAACCUUAUGACCAGAGCUUUGAAAGCCGUGAGCUGGCAAUCGAGGAAUGGAAGAGCUUAACCUAUGACGAGGUAGUGAGCUUUGUGCCGCCGUCAUUAGAUGGAGACGAGAUGGAGACUUGAGGGCGAGGCCAUUUUUCCUCCUCUUCUUUUUUUUUCCAAGACAGUCUUUUAAAACUAUCAGUUUUUGUAACUAUCCAAUUCCAGUACUUUCCUUACACGCACACAAACAUGACAUUCAAGUGCCUGUCGUCAUUCAUAUCUGGGGUACGUUGUGAUAUCAGGGAAAAAGAAAACCCCGUCCCCCCGCUCUGCUGUUUAUGAUAUCCUGCAUCCCAGUGUUAAAGUUGUCCUUAUACUUGGGACGGUUUUUAUGUUUUGCCCCUGAUUUUAUUCAGCAAAGUAUGAAAAUUGUACAUCGGUAUCUUACAACGUAUCGUCAAAUUUGUCCUGCUGAUUCUUGUUUUACAAAAUUUUACUAAUUAGCAGGAAAAUAAUACAACUGGGAAGAAUUUGAACAAGAAAAGUUUUAAUCAUAAAGUUUCCGAGCUUGAUGUCAUCUCCACCGGUGAAUAGAAUACGUACUGUAGAUAUUACAGCAAACAGUAUUUGUACAUAAGUAUUUCAGGCAGAACUGUUACCAUCUUAUAAAAUGUCACAACUGGCUGAAACGCACCUCAGCCAGUCUCUUCAACAGUAUCGAUCUGAUUCCAAGAGUUUAUCCUAAAGUAAAAUAUGAAAAUAUGUUGUAUGUAAAUUAUUAUAGGUAUGUAUAGGAUAGGAUGAACAUAUGUAAAAUAGUCCAGUUAGAGCGAUUCAAGGCUUCACAUUUCUUAUUCUUGGUGAUGUUUUAUCCGUUCCCCCCCAAGUAUUUCUCAUCCCGUUUCCCCGCACACAUUUAUGUUUUAGAUGUCAUCAAGCAUCAGUAUCAACGCAGCAUGAUGAAGACAGGUUGGGCUUGGAAGUUUAUUCAAACGUGUUUCCACAAGAAUAUCAAUCGGCAGACGAUGUAAUUUAAUGAUUUUGCAUUUAAAAACUGCAGUACUGUUGAUGUUUGUUUGUUUGUUGAAUGUUUUUGGAACCAGUUUGCCCUAUAUUUAUAGUCUUUUGUCAUAUUGUUUGUAUAUCAGUGUAAAAGAGAAUAUUAUUUGUCAGAAUUGUUUCAGGUUAUUUUAUUAUUUAUGUAGAGCUUAUUGUACUAGAAUCCCAAUGCACCAUCAAUAAUCCUAUGAGUCUAGAGCCACAGUGACUACAGCUUAUCUAUUUAAAUCAAUAAUUAUAUUAAUUAAAGAAUGAUGUUCUGUUAAGUUUUUGUUUUUUUUUCUUAAAUGUAUUGUUUACUGAACUCCCAAGCAUAAUAUUUUCUAAAUUAUGCUGUUUACAAAAAUGCUGAUGGCAAACACACCCAGAAAUUAAAGCGAAAUAUGCGUCUGGUGCAGUUACAGCGAACAACAACCACCUAAAAUAUGUCAUUCUUUCUCCGAAGCAAGAAACAUUUCUACAUACAAGCUGAUUUGCUAAUUUUAAAAUCCUUGUUCAAUGUAGUGUUUUGUUUUUUUUAUUUAUUUUUUUCUAUAUUCUGCAACAACAUCUUGUGUGUUAAAUGGAUGAAUUGAUGUGAUGCUGAUUGUUUCAUCACAAGCACCAUAUGGUUAGUUUUGAUACUAACAGGGCGCAUGAUUGUAUAUUUACUCACUGGAUGCUGAAGGGCAAUGCUGAAGCGUCACACUUUGUCAUUUUUGCACAAGUGCAUCAAUCAGAUUUUACAUUUCUUUUCAAUGCUGGUAGUUAAUUUGGUUAUGCUUGGUUUGCCUGAGAUGGUUUUUGACAUUGUUUUUUUUUUUUUUUCUUCACUAUGUUCCUGAUCACAUGUUCCAAGACAGCAGGCCAUGCCAUCUGUAAAUACCACCUUGAGAAAAUAAAGGCUACUAUUUUUCAAAGCUGUAAAA